UCAGACCUUCGUAAGCGCGUCGAAUUGGCUUUGCGUUCAUCUUUAGUCGAAAGGUUUCUUAUGAUAAUGGAACCUAUGUUCGAUAAUAUCAAUUUCGAAUUGCAAGAACUUAGAUUUUUUAUAAAGCAACAUAAGCUCUAG